GCAAAGAGAAAACGGCGCGCCGCGACCCUGCGGUUCAUAUCAGCAACAUCACCACUGCAAAAAAAUUACCCCAAUACACAAGACGAGGUAUAUUCAAAGAGUUAGUGCGAAUGGUGCCUAAAGAAAUCCAAAUGGCAAUGAUGGACUGAUGAUAAUAGAUACGAUGUUACCACCGUCGGAGUGUAGUUUGUGAAAGAGAUAACCCCCCCAAAAGAGUGAUUUUUUCAGUUUGGACUAAUCAAAAAAAAAGACUUGAAAUAAGAAAAGCUGAAAGAGUUCGGGAUUUUAUUGGACUUGAUUGAAAAUAUGUAUUCGCCGGAUAAGAUGAUGGGUGCUAAAGGCCCGACGGGUCUGCACGGACCCAUAACAUCAUCUGGGGCUUGUUUUCCUGGAAGAUAUUCACCAACAUAUAGAAGUCCAGAUCCAAUGCCGAGGAGGUGUAUGCCAAAUCCGUCGGUCCAGAACUUCUCAUUCAAAAAUCAGCACCUUAAACCAGCAUAUGAGAGUCGAAUACUUGAAGAUGCCUCGAUUAUGUGUAAUUCAUGGUCACCCAGACAUAACGGUGAUAUUUUUUCCGGAUUGAACGAUGGUUUAAUCAGUAGGGCGGAAGCCCUCGCGGCUGUGGACAUAAAACAUCAGACAUCCGGUGGCCCCGGAGGGUUGCCCCAAUUGAAACACGACAUGAUGUACCACCAUGGCAUGGGGGCACCUCCACCGGUCAGCAGGCCACAUCAGAUGAGUCACAUGGACGGUUUAGAAAUGUUAGAUCCAAUAUCAACUUCAUCGAUGACCACAUUAACACCAAUGUCAGAGACGCCAACGCAUAUGCACUCGUAUGGAAUGAAUCAUGUGAUGAACCAUCAUCAUCACGGGGGACCACUUUCAGGGCAUAGUGCACCAGGACAUCAUCCUGGUCAUCAUGGUGGACAUCCGGGAGCUCAUCACCCUGCGAUGGCUGCUGCAGCCGCUGCAGCAGCCGUUGCUGGGUUACAUCCGGAUGCGGAUACGGAUCCAAGAGAAUUAGAAGCGUUUGCGGAGAGGUUCAAACAACGACGAAUCAAAUUAGGAGUAACCCAAGCUGAUGUCGGUAAAGCUUUAGCUAAUUUGAAAUUGCCAGGGGUUGGUGCUUUAUCGCAAUCAACGAUAUGUCGAUUUGAAUCGUUAACAUUAAGCCAUAACAACAUGAUCGCAUUGAAACCUAUCCUUCAAGCGUGGUUAGAAGAAGCUGAGGCUCAGGCAAAAAAUAAAAGGCGAGAUCCGGAUGCGCCCAGUGUUUUACCAGCCGGCGAAAAGAAAAGAAAGAGGACGUCAAUAGCUGCUCCUGAAAAACGAAGUUUAGAAGCUUAUUUUGCAGUCCAACCCAGACCUUCAGGCGAAAAAAUUGCGGCAAUAGCCGAGAAAUUGGAUUUGAAAAAGAAUGUAGUUCGCGUGUGGUUUUGUAAUCAACGACAAAAGCAGAAACGUAUGAAAUUUGCUGCGCAACACUGACCGGAUGUUAAUUUUGGGUUUCCUGUGAAUUGAUAUCAAGUGAUUGAUGCGGUUGAUGCGGUUAAAGGCGAGUUUCCCAGCGAAAAUGAUAACGAACAACACGCGGGUGAGUUUAAUAAGGGAUUAUUUGGUCAAUAUCAAUAUAACCAAGAACAAUUUGGGUGAAACUAAAAUUAAAAAGGAAACCAGCCGUGAAAAAACCGUAAUAAACUCAUUAUUUUGUAAAGAAAUCAAUAAUUAAUAUUACCUAGUACAAUUUUUAUACAA